AUGGGCAGGUUUUGCAGCACAUGGGGAAAUGGAGCGUUCAGGACUUUUGAUGACAAGUUUUAUCAUUUUACAUCAACCUGCAACUACAUUCUGAGUCACCACUGCAAAAAUGGUGCAGAGGAUUUCAACAUCCAGAUCCGUCGAGGGUCAGAUGGUAAUCUGGAACAUGUAUUCAUCCAGAUAGAAGGGGUCAAAAUUCUGGUGGUGAAUGGGACAAUUUCAGUUCAAGAUGCAGUAAUACAUCUACCAUAUCAUGACAAGGUAAUUGGCAUCUAUAAAAGAGGAAUUUACACACAACUUUCAAACAGAAAGCAUACUAUAUCUGUGAACUGGAAUAAUGAAGAUGCAUUAUGGGUAACUAUCGAUGAUAAAUAUCAAGGACAAUUGUGUGGCCUUUGUGGGAACUUUGACAAAAACAGCAGCAGCAAUUAUGAUUCGAAUUUUCUAAAUACAAACAAACUAGAUGUUUUGGGCCACACUUGUCAUAGUAACCCCCAAUCAAGUGAAUCAUGUGAAGCGAGUUCUCAGUGUCAGGCAAUUUCAUCUCUGUUCCUGUCGUGCUUUGACAACAAAGUGAUUGGGCAAUACUGGAAGCUUUGUCAGGCAGAUGUUUGCAGCUGUAAAUGGUGUCAAUGUGCAACUUUUGCAGAAAUUGCACGGCAUUGUGAUAAAGCUCUCUUCCAGUACUGGAAAAACUGGAGGACAAAGACGCGGUGUGCAUUCCCCACCUGUCCAGGGAAUCAGAUAUACAAGGAGUGUGGCCCUUCCUGUAUUUCAACAUGCACUGAUCGGAAUCCCCAACAACAGUCCAAUGAGUGUGUGAAUACUUGUGUCUGUCCAGAAGGGAAAGUUCUGGAUAAUGUAAGAGGCACUAACAGGUGCAUCGCUGAAAGUGCAUGUCCUUGUGAAUACAGCGGACAGAUUUAUCCAGCUGGAGAGAUCAGAAACACUUCGUGCCAGUCAUGCACUUGUGAAAGUGGAAAAUGGGCAUGCUCUUACGGCAGCUGUCCUGGGAGAUGUACCAUUGAACAAGCAACAUAUUUUACAACAUUCGAUAACACCUUCUACAGUUUGGUCGGAGAUUGUUCGUACUACGCAGUUUUAACAAAUGACUGGAAUAUUGAGGUUGCGAUCCAUCAGUGUCAAGUAGCAUUUAAGCAGACAUGCUUGCAGCGUGUUACCCUAACUAAGAAUCAGACCAGCAUUGUGUUCAACAAUGAUGGCGCUAUAUACUUAGAUGGAAAUGAAGUUGCAAGUCCCCUGAGAACAGGAGAAGUAAUAAUAUUUUGGCAAUCCUCAAAGUUCAUUCAAGUCGCAACAACAUUUGGCCUGAAAAUGCAAGUGCAGAUUAAUCCUGUUAUGCAGCUUUACAUCUCACUGUCUGAGGAUGCGAAAGGAAGCACAAAAGGUUUAUGUGGCACCUUCAAUGAUGAUGCAGAUGAUGACUUCCUUUCUGCACAGGGCAUUGUGGAGAGUACACCCAUUACUUUUGCUAACUCCUGGAAGACUGGGGACAGUUGUCCUGAACCAACAAUACCUUCUCCUUGUGUCAGUUCAGAAAAUGAUAAACCAUGUGCCAACGCCCAGGUCUUUGAGAAUGACAUGAGGACCUGUAACCGCACCUGUCGAUCAUUAUCCCGUUAUGAUUAUACCUGUGAUGUUGAGGACAUACCAGUUUUUGGCUGUGGCUGUCCUGAGGGGAAAUACAUGGAUAACUCUGGAGAAUGUAUUGAUAAAUCAGCGUGUUCUUGUUAUAUGGGUGAUACAGUUAUCAAAAAAGGACAAAGCAUAACUCUGAAUGGUAGAAUCUGCACAUGUGAAAAUGGGAAACUUUCCUGUCCUGUAAUUCCUACCACCACCCAGCCAGGAUGUCUGAAUGGGAAGAUUUAUAAUGAUUGCACCAAUAACAUCUUCCGUGGAAAGAGCAAAGCAAAGACAUGCAGAAGUCGAAAUAUCCCGUCUUCAAAUAGUUGGUGUGUCCCUGGCUGUGUUUGUCCUGGUAAUCUUGUGGAAGAUGACACCGGAAGAUGUAUUGACCCUGAACAGUGUCCUUGUUUAUUUGGAGGAGAAAGUCACAAUUCUGGCGAAACAAUCCAAAGGGACUGCAAUAAAUGCACUUGUCGAGCUGGAGUAUGGCAUUGUACCUCUAAUCCAUGUCCAAAGACCUGUCAGGUCCAUGGAGACGGUCAAUAUCUAACCUUUGAUGGAAAGAGAUAUAUGUUUGAUGGCAACUGUGAAUAUAUUUUUGCUGAGGAUUAUUGCAAUCAAGGAAAUGGGACAUUCCAAAUAUUAACAGAAAGUGUUCCAUGUUGUGAAAAUGGUGUGACAUGCUCAAGAAAUAUCAAAAUUUUACUCACGGGCAAAGAAUUCAUUCUAACAGAUGGCAAAGUAAUUCAAUCUGAUAAAUCUCGUGAAACCCAGUGUGUAGAUAGUUCCUAUUCACUUCAUACUGUUGGACUCUAUUUAAUCCUUAAAUUUUCCAAUGGGAUCACCGUGAUAUGGGACAAACGAACAAGAGUUUCAAUCACAUUGGAUCCAAGAUGGAAGAACAAAGUGUGUGGUCUGUGUGGGAAUUUUAACGAUGAUGUUGCAGAUGAUCUAACAACCAAGGGGAACUCUGUGGUGACUAAUGCUGUAAAAUUUGGAAGCAGCUGGAAAUCAUCAUUGUCUUGUUCUGAUGCAAUGAAUCAAACAUUCCCUUGUGACAGAAAUCCCUACUGUUUAGCAUGGGCCCAGAGAAAAUGUGGUAUUAUCAAGGAUGCUGUUUUUCAAAAAUGCCAUAAAAAGGUUGAUCCUAUACCAUUCCAUGAUGCUUGUGUCCAGGAGGCUUGUGCCUGUGAUUUGGAAGGGAAAUACCUGGGUUUCUGUACUGCUGUAGCAGUGUAUGCAGAAGCUUGCAAUAAAGCUGGUGUUUGUGUUCCCUGGAGAACCCCAGACUUAUGCCCUGUAUAUUGUGACUAUUAUAACACUCCUGGGGAAUGCAGCUGGCACUAUCGACCUUGUGGUACAUUAACAACGAAAACCUGCUCAGACCAUUACAUUGGAAAGACGUUCUCUGCAGUACUUGAAGGUUGUUAUGCAAAAUGUCCAGAGAAUGCUCCUUAUCUGGAUGAAAACAAAAUGAAAUGUGUAAAUUUGACUGAAUGCACUUGUUAUUAUAAUGGGAAAAUACUGCAACCAGGUGAAACAACAAGCAAUGACUGUGAAGAAUGUGAUUGCAAGAAUGGGAAAGUCACAUGCAGAGCACCACCUAAAACAACAGUGAAACCAACACCUCCAUCAACUACAACCAACAGAAUUGCAUCAUUAAAAACAACAGUGAAACCAACACCUCCAUCAACUACAACCAAUAGAAUUGAAGAGACAACUACAAGAAUAAUAUGGGAAACAACUUCGACAGAAACAACACAACCACCAGUGAUACCAACUACAACCAUGUCUACCACCAGCUACACACCAGAAACCACACCACCACCAGGGAGACCUACUACAACUACAUCUACCAGCAGCUACAUACCUGAAACAACACCACCACCAGAGAGACCGACUACAAUUACAUCUACCAGCAGCUACAUACCUGAAGAGGAAUGUAAUGGUGAAUGGUCCCCUUGGAUUAAUGACAACACACCUUCUGAGAGCAGCCUGGGGGAUUCUGAAUUAUUGGAUCCAUUACGUGAUGAACUGUGUCCUUCCUCUUCUGAUACAAUUAAUAAAAUUCAGUGCCAAUUUGUUGAUUUCCCUGAGUGGCCAGUGAGUCAAUCAAUAGACAAUAAACUACUCAACCGAUAUGGACUACAACUACAUCAACCAGUGUCUACUUACCCGCUGAAACAACACCACAAAUCCAGAAAACGACUUCAAUUACAUCUACCACCAGCUUCAUACCUGCAUGCAGUGGAACUGAUUGAAAUAUUUUUCUGCUCUGUAGAAACUACACCACCAAUUGUGACAACGACUACGUCUGCCACCAGCUCCAUAUCUGGUAAGUGGGAGGGAUUAAAGAUCUUGCAAAACUAUACCACCGAUACAGACAACAACAACUACGUCUACCAUCAGCUACACACCUGGAGGAUAUACGACAACCAGAACUUCACCUAUCAGAACUAUUACAGGUAA